UCGGAGCCCAGCGCCGCCGCCUUGUCUUCCGGGGCCAGCGUGAACGCCCUGCAGCGCCUGGUGGAGCAGCUCAAGCUGGAGGCCGGCUUGGAGAGGAUCAAGGUCUCGCAGGCAGCUGCAGAGCUUCAACAGUACUGCAUGCAGAAUGCCUGCAAGGAUGCCUUGCUGGUAGGUGUUCCAGCUGGAAGCAACCCCUUCCGGGAGCCGAGAUCCUGUGCUUUAUUCUAAAGGCUGUAAGGAAGAAGUUCACUGAGGAAUGCUUUUAAGCGCAAAGUGAUGAAUAACUAACUGCCUCCAAGUCUCAAGAAAACACUUUUCUCCAGACAAAUGACUCUUAGAUAUUUCAGACCUUUCCUUGGCCUGGUCCUAUAGCCAAAAUUCUAUAGAAAUUGAUGAGUUUCUACUCAGAUAAGGAAACUGGGUGAGGGCGAAGACUUUAGAUAAUAAUGGUCAGACUCUUUUGGUAAAGUGCUUUUGUAUUAAACAAAAAUGUUACCACCAAAUACACCUCUUUCAUAAGUGAAUUACUGGUGUUUCUAUAGCUGGAAUAUUAUGUUUGUUGUAUUUACUGGAUGUUUACAUUUUGGGAAGGCAAACAUUUUUGUUUGUUAAAAAAUUGAAUAUUUGUAAUUUGUUGCUCCUAAGAUUUUUAUACCAUAACAAAACUGUUCUUUUCUCCUGAAUUUACAGUUUCUAAAUGAAGACAAGCAAGUGUAAAACUGGGGGAAGAAUAGGCUUUAUUAGUCAAAUGAUGUCUUGAUUUUCCUAAUGAGAAGAUU